GACAGCCCCCCCUGACAGUUCAUUGGGCUGGUCUCAUCACAACAUCAUAAGGGCGUUUCAGGCAACGACACACAGUCUAUGUUGGAAUUGGUCCUCCCUUUGAAUGGGAUAACAAUUCCUCUCCGUGCAGACGAUAUGAAAUGUUGAUGUGGUGAAAAUGAACAAACCCAAGAUGGCCACAGAGAAAGGCGUUCCCAGUAACUCCAGGGUACUGAUGCUCCUGGGCCAACUGGAGAGGAUGAAUGGAGAGGCCAUGAUGAGGGAUGUAGAAACUGCAAGACAGGUCACGGCAAAGAUACUUCAUCUCAUUCAGACACAGGAGAAGAGCGGAAAAGAGGUGAUGUCCAAAGGCUCCAGUGGCAUGGAGGUCAUCCUGUCUUCACUGGAGAACUCCAGCGAUGUCCAGACCACUCUGAACAUUUUGUACAUUCUCAGUGAGCUGCUGACUGUCGGCAGAGGACGCAGGGUGGGAGUCUUUGUGUCUAAAGGUGGAACCGGGAUAUUAUUCCAGAUUCUGAUCACUGCCAGUAAAGAGCAGCCCCCCAGUGAGGAACUCAUGCUGCAGCUUCACUCACUGCUGGCCAAGGUUGGCCCGAAAGACAGAAAGUUUGGAGUGAAGGCACGUUUGAGUGGCGCUCUGAAUGUCACCGUCAACUUAAUGAAACAGAACCUACAGAACAGCAAGCUGCUUCUGCCCUGCCUGCAGGUUCUCAGGGUUUACUCUACCAACUCGGUGAAUGCCAUUUCUUUGGGCAAGAACGGAGUGGUGGAGCUGAUGUUCAAGAUCAUCGGACCAUUCAGCAAGAAGAACACAAGCCUGCUCAAGGUAGCUCUGGACGCACUGGGAGCACUGCUCAAAUCCAAAACGAACGCUCGCCGUGCAGUGGAUGGUGGGCAUGUGACCGUCUUGCUAGCCCUGUACCUGGACUGGCAUCGCAAUGACACACGGCAUCGCCACAUGCUGAUUCGCAAAGGGUUGCUAGUCUGCCUCAGGAACAUCACCAACAUCAAGCUCGGCAGGAAAGCAUUCAUCGAAGCUGAUGGCAUGAGGAUCCUCUACAACACGUCCACUGAAUGUCUCCCAGUGCGGACUCUGGAUCCACUGAUCAACACUUCGAGUCUCAUCAUGAGAAAAUGUUUCCCUAAGAACCGCAUGCCUUUGCCCACCAUCAAAUCAGCCUUCCACUACCAGCUGCCAAAUGUACCUGCUGCAGGGCCUGUGGCACAGCUGUACAACCAGCCACCUGGGGGAAGAAAAAUUCAUCUGCUCUGCAACAAGCCCUUAAAGAAGGUGGAUGAUGUGGCGGACGAGAGUGACGAUACUGAGGAGACGGACGCAGAGACAGAGAACGAUUCCGAGAACGAAGACGAUGAGAAGGAUCAGUGCUGCACGAAUGACGACAUAGAGACGGACAUAAACAAGCUGCAUCCCAAAAGGAACCUCGGACGUCCUUUUGAGGAGUUGAGGGUCUAUGACAGGUUCUUCCUGGAGCUUUCUGAAGAUUUCCAGGGUUAUAAUUUUGAAUGCUCAAAGAGUGCCUCUACCACAUUUUCAUCAUCGACCUUCUCUUCUUCAUCGGCCUCAACUCAAUCUGCUCGACCAAUCAUCGUGCCCACAGCUCAAGCCCUGUCCCCAAAGCACGUCCCCGUACCGAGCUCUCAGGAGGACUGCAACGCUACCAAAGGAAAACACACCCUGCCGUCUCCUUCUGUACCCACCCCCACUUCUCCUGCGUCUCUAGCUCCUCUAGACCUGGACACCAUCCACCACACCAAGGACCAAGACAAAAAAGAGGAGACCCACAUUCCUUCCACCGACACAUGUUCGACAUUGUCCUCCCUCAACAAGCCUCCUUCUCAAGGGCAUGUGAUAGAACAGGAACUAUCGCAUGUGUUGGAGGGUGUCUCUCUUGAAGGGGACGGGAGCGCAGAGGGGGUCAAACAAGAAGGAUCCCCAGUUAAUGCCACGAGACACAUCCAGUCUCCUCUGCUCUUGGGGGGUAUUGCUGCUCGUCGUGUGGGAGGAGGAGGCAGUAACUGGGGUUCAGAUUGUGGCUCAGAGGGUGCGGAGGAUGAGGGAGGGGAAGGAGCAGUCCUGGAGGUGCCAGACACGGCUCAGCUCCUCCCGCUGCAUGACCCAGACCUUUACGUGGAGAUGGUGAAGGGAACACACUCUGUACCCCAGUAUGCUGAAGUGGCUUACCCAGACUACUUUGGCCAUGUAGCCCCAACAUUUAGGGAACCCCUUCUGGAGAGAGUGUAUGGCGUCCAGAGGUCGAAGAUAUUCCAAGACAUUGAGAGGUUGAUUCAUCCUAAUGAUAUCCUGGAUAAAGUAGUUUAUGACCUGGACAUUCCUAGUUGUCCUGUGAUUGAAGACAGCGGUGAAUCCCUUAGGUUCAACUCUCAGUUUGAGUCUGGCAACCUCAGAAAGGCAGUUCAAGUGAGGAAAUAUGAGUAUGACCUUGUGCUGAAUGCAGACAUCAACAGUAAUCACUACCACCAGUGGUUCUACUUUGAGGUGAGCGGCAUGCGUGUUGGAACUACGUACCGCUUCAACAUCAUCAACUGUGAGAAGUCAAACAGCCAGUUCAACUAUGGCAUGCAGGUGCUCAUGUACUCUGUGCAGGAGGCAAUCAGCGGCAGGCCUUGCUGGGUGAGAACAGGAACAGACAUCUGUUACUACAAGAACCAUUUUGCGAGGAGUUCCAUUGCAUCUGGUGGUCAGAAAGGCAAAUCUUAUUAUUCACUGACCUUCAGCACAACCUUCAGCCACAAGGAUGAUGUCUGCUACUUUGCCUAUCAUUACCCUUAUACAUACUCCACUCUUAAGAUGCACCUGUCCAAACUGGAGGAUUUGAGGACCCCUCAGAUCUACCUGAGACAGGACGUCCUGUGUGAAACGCUCGGGGGAAACACCUGCCCUCUUAUCACCAUCACUGCCAUGCCGGAGUCCAACUCCAAUGAUCACAUCUGUCAGUUUAGGAAUCGUCCAUUGAUCUUCCUGUCGGCCAGAGUGCACCCUGGAGAGACCAAUGCCAGCUGGGUAAUGAAGGGCACGCUGGAGUUCCUGAUGGGCAGCAGCUUGCUUGCAGUCAGCCUAAGAGAAGCCUACAUCUUCAAGAUAAUCCCCAUGCUCAACCCUGAUGGAGUUAUAAAUGGAAAUCAUCGUUGUUCUCUGAGUGGAGAGGAUUUGAAUCGCCAGUGGCAGAACCCCAAUCCUGAGCUCCACCCUACCAUCUACCACACUAAGAGUCUUCUGCAGUACCUUGCACACAUACAAAGAGCACCACUGGUGUUUUGCGACUACCACGGCCAUUCAAGGAAGAAAAAUGUGUUCAUGUACGGCUGCAGCGUGAAGGAGACAGUCUGGCAGUCCAAUAUCAGCGCUACGUCCAGUGACUUACAGGAGGACCUUGGAUACAGGACACUUCCUAAGAUCCUGUCCCAGAUCGCUCCGGCCUUCAGCAUGGCGAGCUGUAGUUUUGUUGUGGAACGCUCCAAAGAGUCGACUGCCCGCGUCGUUGUUUGGAGAGAGAUAGGAGUACAGCGCAGCUACACCAUGGAGAGCACACUCUGUGGAUGUGACCAGGGCAAAUAUAAAGGUCUUCAGAUUGGCACCAGAGAGCUGGAGGAGAUGGGAGCUCAGUUUUGCGUGUCCCUGCUGAGGCUGAAGAGGCUGACCGGGCUCCGCAACCAUCAACACCUGCUGGAUUUGGAGGGCGAUAUCAUUGGGACACACUGUAAAGUGGUCAGCACCAGCAGCACCACCACCUAUGUGCUGGAGGAGGAUGAACCGUCCUUUCUGGAGGCCAUAGACUACAGUGCAGAGAGCAACGAUGAGGACGCCGAGGCUGAAACCGAGCAAUGCAUUGAAGUUCUGGAGAAUCCUGAUCAUCUGUCGGACUCUGAGACAAAUCACAGGGACUAACGCUGAGGUGUUUAUUUCCUUUAUCCCUGGCAAUUUGAGCUUAAAACCAGCCAGUGCUUGGAUUGUUAGCUGAUCUAAAUGUAAAGAUUUCACCAAUAAAAUAGAACGCACACUUCUCACAUCAAUUGGUGAAUAAGUAACUUAGAUUUACAAAUGUCCCUGUUAUGUAGACACUUAAUUAUGGUACGUAGGCUACGUCAGCAGCGCUCGAGUGCUCUUUUCCAACUGUGUUGCUUCUGAAGGUGCGUACUCCACCUGCUUUUCACUUGAGACAGGAUGGAUUUCAAUGAAUGUUGUCACCUUUCACCAUCAUACUAUAACCAUCUUGAACUGUAACGCCUGACCUCAGACACCAUAUAGCCUCUGAGAUUCACAUAUAGCUAGCCAGAGCAGCAAACAGCAGGCACCGCCGAUCCUUAACUUGAACCCUUGUCCACUCGCUCAUUUUUCACAGCCGAUCUUACACUGAAGCUACCUGACAAGGCUGUGGUAGUGUAAUAGAGCCAGUGACUUCUCUAGGUACUGUUUUUGAAACCUCUCUCACCUGUGACCCUGUGUUUUGAUGAAAAACACUCCUGGUGUUUGAGGGAAACUGGAUCUUCCCCACUGCUGACCAGCUUUAGAGAUCCAACCAACCUGCCUUCUUAUUUCCCUUUUCCUUCUUUUCUAUAGUCUCACCCUGCACUUUAACUUUUUACUCCUUUUUGUUCGUUUGGACCUUCCUUUUGUCCUUCUUUGCUUGCCUCCUUCUUUCUUUCCUUCUUUUUCCUGACAAGCCAAGAUGUCUAAAUGGGAUGCAGGGAUGACCAAAUAGCUCCGUAUCACAGCUUAGCUGUAGGCGUCUCAUGUAGAAAAACCUACUGGGAUGUACCUACAAUUUGAGUUGUGACGUCACUUCCUCUAACAUCUUUCGGCCGCAGUGCACACGGUCUGAUCGCCGUCCACGUGCUGUUUGCCUUGCUUUAUCCAAAACAGAAAACUAUAUCACUCAAAUGUAGAAUGUUCACGUCUUUUAUCAAGACACACCUUGUAAAAUACAUUAAAUGCAAAUAUAAUCACGCACCACAAACUAACACAGUUUGUUUUUUUUUCCGUUAGCAGUAAAAUCAACAAGAUGGAAUGUAAAAAUGUCCACAGGCACUGUUGGUGUUUUGAUUGUUUUUAAUAAUAGACAGUAUUAUAAUGUUACACGAAGCAGUAAUGAACAAGAAGCAUGAGCUGCAGAGAGCAGAAAGCCCUUUUGCACUUUGGAUAGACACUAUACACACAUAACAGAGAAACAAACUGAGAGUGAAGCAUCACGUUACAAUGUGUCACAGUUUGUAAACCUCAACUUCAGUCACCUCAUUAGUUUGAAGUUCUCAGAGCUCACCCCAAAGCUGAUGGUAAAGUUGCUGUGAUGUUUUAAAAAAUAUUAUACUGGAAUUUUGUUUUCCUUUUUAUCCUUUCCUCCAACCCGUGUGUACAUUUUGUGGAUUUUCUUAGGAGAGACCCAUGCAUAACAGAUGGUGCUUUGUAUUGGGAGUCUACAGUAGCGUGUUGCAUUAUUUCUUUAUUUGUUUAUGGAGAUGAGGUACUGUUUCUGUUGCAUUUGUACAGCUAGCGCAUGGCUACUUUCUGUUUUUAUUUUCUAAUUUAUUCAGUCUUGUUUUAAGGAUGCAAACCUUUUAUGUAUGUACGUACGUAUAGAGGCAUUUUGAGUGUAUGAGUGCAAGUGUGUGUGUGAGUUUAAGUUAUUCCAUUAUUCAGCUAAGCUAAUACUCUUACAGUGUGUUUCUUCUUUCAAUUUGAUUAUCCCCUCUUACUUUCCUUCACUCCUCCCAAUCAUUUUUCCCCUCUCCUUCUCAUCUAAGCUCUUUCAUUCCCUUAAUUUUCUAUUGUUGUCUUGGCUCUACUUUCUUUCAGAUGUUACCCAUGAACAUAUUACAAACACAGGAAGGUCCUUGUUCUGGGUGCACGUGCGUGAGUGUGGAUAUAUGAUGUGAAAUAUCAUCGGUACCCUCUGAGAAUUGUGUAUGCCGUUAUACGUUUGUCUGUAGCAGUUUAUGUCGACUUCUUUUGUUUUGUUUAUUUUUAGGCAAACAUGCGAAGAUAGCUGCUUAUUUUAAGUUGAUUGUAUUGCAGAAAACUAAGACUGAACAUGGGAAAUAAAAUGUGAAUGUGAUAAACUC